AUGACAGGGAAAGACUUCCUCCAUUGGCACCUGCUGACUUUGCUUCUCCUCCCUUUUUGCCUGGGUCAAGAUGAAUACAUGGAGGUGAGCAGAAGAGCUAAUAAAGCGGUGGCAAGAAUAGUGCAAAGCCACCACCAGACUGGCAGGAGGGAAAAAGUGAGAGAGCGGAGCCAUCCUAUAGCGGGGACUGUGGAUAAUAACACAUCUCCACACCCAAAGUCCUUGAGGCCAGAGGUUCUGUCGCACCCUGAAUUUAAUGAUCUGGUCCAGAUCACCUCAUACAGGGUCCAGACAUCUCAAGCUGGAGCACUUCCACCUGACUGCAGCAAAUGUUGCCAUGGAGAUUUUGGGUACCGAGGCUACCAAGGUCCUCCUGGACCACCUGGCCCCCCUGGAAUGCCAGGAAACCACGGCAACAAUGGUAACAAUGGAGCCACCGGGCAUGACGGGGCAAAAGGUGAGAAAGGAGACAAAGGAGACCUGGGCCCUCGAGGAGAGAGAGGACAGCACGGCCCUAAAGGAGAGAAGGGCUAUCCUGGGAUUCCUCCGGAGCUGCAGAUUGCCUUCAUGGCUUCCAUGGCCACUCACUUCAGCAACCAGAACAGUGGAAUAAUCUUCAGCAGUGUGGAAACCAACAUUGGAAACUUCUUUGAUGUCAUGACUGGGAGAUUUGGGGCCCCAGUGACAGGGGUCUAUUUCUUUACCUUCAGCAUGAUGAAACAUGAAGAUGUGGAAGAAGUGUAUGUGUACCUGAUGCACAAUGGAAAUACAGUCUUCAGCAUGUACAGCUAUGAAUCAAAAGGAAAAUCAGAUACAUCAAGCAAUACUGCAGUGCUGAAACUGGCCAAGGGGGAUGAGGUUUGGCUGCGAAUGGGGAAUGGGGCUCUGCAUGGAGAUCACCAACGCUUCUCCACAUUCGCAGGCUUCCUGCUUUUUGAAACUAAGUAA